CCCAUCAUUGGUAUCAGUUGCAAGAAUAGUGCCCUAUCAUUAGUAUCAGUGGGAGGAAUAGUGCCCCAUCUUUGGUGUCAGUGGGGGGAAUCGUGCCCCAUCAUUAGUAUCAGUGGGAGGAAUAGUGCCCCAUCUUUGGUGUCAGUGGGAGGAAUAGUGCCACAUCAUUGUAUUAGUGGGAGGAAUAGUGCCUCAUCAUUGGUAUUAGUGGAAGGAAUAGUGCCCCAUCAUUGGUAUUAGUGGGAGGAAUAGCACCCCAUCAUUGGUGUCAGUGGGAGGAAUAGCACCCCAUCAUUGGUGUCAGUGAGAGGAAUCAUGCCCCAUCAUUGGUAUCAGUGGCAGGAAUAGUGCCCUAUCAUUAGUAUAAGUGGGAGGAAUAGUGCCCCAUCUUUGGUGUCAGUGGGGGGAAUCGUGCCCCAUCAUUAGUAUCAGUGGGAGGAAUAGUGCCCCAUCUUUGGUGUCAGUGGGAGGAAUAGUGCCCCAACAUUGGUGUUAGUGGGAGGAAUAAUGUCCCAUCAUUGGUGUCAGUGGGGGGAAUAGUGCCCCAUCGUUGGUGUCAGUGGGAGGAAUA